GUUGAGUACAGUCACGUUUACAUAACAAUACCUUUUCAAGUCACCAAGUUGGGUUCAGAAAAAUCAACGAAAAUGCAGAAUAUUAAAAUUUGUAUUGUUUUUUUUGGUUUUAGUGUCAGCUGUGUGUGUCAAUGGCACCUCUACCACUGCAGCUCCAGCUACCACUGCAGCCCCAACUACCACUUCAGAUUCAACUAAUAGUGCCGAAACUAGUUCACCUGGAACUUCUGGUGAAUCUAACGCAACUAUGCCUGCUGCUAUUCCCCCGACUACCGCAGCUCCUGUCAAAUUAGCUGAUAUUGAGCUUCCAGAAGAUAUUAAAACUAUUUUUGAUAAGUAUGCUACGAACAGUACCGUCAACUAUGAAGCCUUCUUAAAUGAUUUGAAGGGCGCUACAAGUUAUAACUAUUUGAUAGAUACGUUGAAAAUUGAAAAAGGAGAAUUUACUAAAGAUAAACUUGAAAGCCUUUAUAAAGAAUAUCUAGAGCCAGAGAAUAGUUCAAGUAGAAAUGGUGUUACUAUAGUAACAGUUGUCAUGGUUUCUGUGGUCUCAAUGUUGGUACCCUAUUUGAAAUAAUUCUGAUUGUUUUAUAUUUUAUCUUUGUGUUUGUAAUAUUUAGGGGGAUGGGGUGGGGCUAAUAUUUAGUAAUAAUACUCAACUACACGCUUUUAUAAUGGAGGUCUAGAUGUUGAUGGUUUUUUCUUGAAGGUUUCACUUCCCACUUAUGAUCUGGCAAAAUUGAUCUUCAGCAGAUGUUCAAGUCACUGGAAUAUUCAACCAAUGAAAUGCUCUGGUCUAUGAAAGAAUUAUCUCCUACAGGUGAGAAAUUCUGAGAACAUUUUUUUAAACUUUUGUCGAUGUGUAGCAGUAUUUUUGAUUGGUUAGAAGAUUAUGUGACGAUAUGACAAAUUUUGAUGCUUCUGGGUUAAAAUUCGACUGAACUGGGUUUGAAGAAGAAUUAUGUUAGAUCAAGAAUGGGGUAACCUGCGUAAAAACACAAAAUGAAACGCCUAGACUGACAUUAUAAUCAGAUACUUGCUAAGAUAAGAUAUAAUUUAUGAUUUAUAAACUUAUUUCCAGUUGUUUUGUAUGUUAAUUACCUCGAUUCUAUAAUAAUAUUUAUUUUUGUCCUAAAUUUUUUGUUCUUUGAUUUCUUUCCUAAUAAAUAUAUUUUCUGAU